CAGAUACACGGGGUAGAAGGAAGAGAAAAGCUGUCCGUUACAUGGGGACUACGUUAAAUAUUAUUUUGGAGUGUCAAUCGUUUUCGAAAACAUGUAAACUUACAGAAGGAAUUUCGUUUUGAGAUGUAGUUUUGUAUAUGUAGAACUACUUGUAUAUUUGUGUGUUGUGCCUUCAAAUUGGAUUUUUACACCAUACAAUGGUGUUUUCGAUAAGUGUCAAAAGAGAAAUAUUUUCAGUCGUUUUAUGUUUAUUAUUAAUUGAUAUAGUUACAGCACAAUCAUGUAACUGCACUGAGUGUGAUACAAACUGCCCAGGAAUAGCAUCAUCAUGUUCAGCUGGGUCUUACUUUUCUACAGAUGGCAAUUGUGAAACAUGUCCCCAAGGAUAUUUUUGUGCAGGAGGUGUUGCAUCGAAAGUAGCAUGCAGUGCUGGCACUGCUAAUCCAAAUACUGGACAAAGUACAUCAGGAGCAUGUGUGGCUUGUAAUACAGGAGAGUACAGUGCUGCUGGUGCAGAUGUUUGUACAGCAUGUCCUGCUGGUCAGGAGUCUAAUGGAGCGAAAACAGCUUGUAGUGAUUGUACUUCAGGGGAUUACAAGUCCAGUGGACAGACAUCAUGUCAGACAUGUCCGGCAGGUUCUAAAUGUCCAAGCAGUCAAAUGACAGCACCUAUAACAUGUCCAUCAGGUGAAUACCAAACAGCGACUGGUCAGGCAACAUGUUCUAGUUGUCCUGGUGGCUCCCAAUGCUCAGAUCCAACUGUAGCUGCACUAUGUGCCAAGGGAACAUAUUCAUCAGGUUCAGCAAUGUCAUGUACAGCUUGUGCUUCAGGAGAAUAUCAAGCCAGCACUGGACAAACAUCAUGUUCUGCAUGCACAACAGGACACCAGUGUGCUGAUGCUACUGUUGCUCCUGUUCAGUGUUUAGCUGGUACCUAUGCUGAAUCAUCAAUAUCAUGUAUGGCAUGUGCAACAGGCACGUAUGCAGCUAGUGCAGGGGCUUCAUCAUGCUCAGAUUGUACUGCUGGUUCUCAGUGUUCAAAUCCUGCCAUAAGUCCAGUUGCAUGUAAUGCAGGAGAAUACUCAGGUGCUAAAGCGACAACAUGUACAGCAUGUGACACAGGAUAUUACCAAGCAUCUUCAGGACAGUCAUCGUGUUCACCAUGUACAGCUGGUUCUCAGUGUUUAAAUCCUGCCACAAAUCCAGUCGCAUGUAAUGCAGGAGAAUACUCAGGUGCUAAAGCCACCACAUGUACAGCAUGUGACACAGGAUAUUACCAAGCAUCUACAGGACAGUCAUCAUGUUCACCGUGUACAGCUGGUUCACAGUGCUUAGACAAAACAGCUAGUCCAAACCAAUGUCUAGCUGGAACUUACUCAGCUGCCUUAGCCACAUCUUGUACACCAUGUGCUUCAGGAUAUUACAGUUCUUCACCUGGGAGUAGUUCCUGUACCCAAUGUACAGCAGGAAAUUCAUGUUCGGCUACAGCAGAGACACCAUGUGGCACCGGAAAAUACAGUGUUGCAGGGGAAACCACCUGUCGGGAUUGUCCAGCCGGAUUUGCUUGUACAUCAGCGACCACAAGUACACCUACCCAAUGUACAGCAGGGCAGUAUGCUGCUGCACAGGCUUCUUCCUGUUCCAAUUGUAACUCAGGAGAGUACAGCACCGCUGGAUCGGCUAGCUGUACAAUAUGUCCUGCCGGAAGUAAAUGUGCCACAACAGCCACGACACCUGUGCAGUGUACGAAAGGAAGUUAUGCUCCAGCUGGAUCCACAGGUUGUACAUCAUGUGAGGCUGGACAUAAAUGUCCCACAGACGGAAUGAUAGUAGCCACAGCAUGUCCAACAGGAUAUUACCAGACUGCUACUGGACAGGAAAUAUGUACUCAAUGUCCUCAAGGAAGUAUGUGUAAUGAUGCAACAAUAACUCACACACCAUGUAGUGCAGGAACAUACCAAAAUGUGCGAGGAAUGGAUACCUGUAAAAAUUGUCCAUCAGGAUAUUACUCAGCCUCCCCAGGAGCUAUAACUUGUACCAUAUGUACAGCAGGUUCACAAUGUUCUGACCCAGCCGUUUCACCAGUGGCCUGUGCAUCAGGAGAGUAUUCAUCAGCGGGAUCUACAGCCUGUCAGUCUUGUCCUGCUGGUAGUGUAUGUACUGGAGGAGCAUUGACUACUUGUAAUACUGGUGAAUAUGUUAGUGGCAGCACUUGUACAACAUGUACAGCUGGAUACUAUUGUCCUUCACCUUCAUCGGGAAGAAUUAUGUGUCCUAGUGGCUCAUACCAAGACCAGACAGGACAGACAUCAUGUAAAGACUGCCCCUCAGGACAGCAAUGUACAGACAGUCCACCAACAAGUCCUACCAACUGUAAUGCUGGUUAUUACAGCUUGUUAGGAGAGGUCGCAUGUACUCUUUGUCCAGAUGGUUACUACAGUGGAUCAGCUUCUGCUUCCUGUUCUCAAUGUCCUGCUGGUCAGAAAUGUUUCGAUGGAUCAAGCUACCUGUCAACACCUGGUGACUGUUCUGCUGGUACCUACAGUCCACUGGGAACCUCAACCUGCCUUACUUGUACAACAGGACUAUACAGUGGAACCAAGGCAGCAGCCUGUUCUCUAUGUACACAAGGAAAUUACUGUAACAAUCCAGCUUCUUCCCCACAAGCAUGUUCUACAGGACAAUACAGUGCAGAAGGAAUUACAAAAUCAUGUCAAGCAUGUUCAGCUGGUUUUUAUUGUGCUGCUAAUGCCCUACCAGUUCCCUGUGCUACUGGUACUUAUUCAACAGUAGGUCUGGCUGCUUGUUUACCUUGUCCUACUGGUCAGUCUUGCAAUGAUCCUGCUGAAGCACCAGUCAAUUGUGGAACAGGAUAUUAUAGUCCUUCUGGUCAAGCUACGUGUAUUCAGUGUCCAUCUGGUAAGGAAUGUGAUAGAACUUUAGAUACACUGGCUGCCUGUGCUACUGGUUCCUACAGUUUGGCAGGGAAUGACGAUUGUACCACCUGUCCUAUUGGAUCGUUUUGUCCAUUCCCAUCUGUUGGUCCAAUCAAAUGUCCGUCUGGAACACACACAGGCGGAGUAGGCAGUCAAACAUCAUGUACCGAUUGUACUGCUGGAUCAUACUGUACAAGUACAUUUGCUGUAACUGGAACAUGUGGAACAGGAUACUACAGUUUGGCCAAAGCUACAGCGUGUAAACCUUGUCCAGCAGGCUACUCCUGUGCUACCAAUAAUGCUGCUCCAGUGGUCUGUGCUUCAGGAACAUUCUCUAACGGACUGGCAACAUCAUGUACAACUUGUGAUACAGGCAAAGCUUGCCCAUCAACAACAUCAGAUAGUGGCAAAUAUGAUUGCCCAUUAGGAACUUAUUCCACUGGAUCUCAGACAGACUGUACCCCAUGUCCAGCAGGAAGUGAAUGUCCUGUUACAACAACAAAUUCUGCAGCUACAUGUGCUACUGGUGAAUAUGCAUUUGAAGGAUCAUCCAGUUGUACUGUGUGUCCAGCAGGAUGGGAAUGUCCAAAUACAGAUGGUUCUCAAAACAAUCCAUGUUUACCAGGAUUUUAUUCAGUAGGAAAUCAAGUAGCUUGUACAGAGUGUACUGCCGGCACAGCAUGUCCGUUCACAGACUCUGCAACAGCCAUUACUUGUACUGCAGGAACCUAUGCUAUUGCAGGUCAGACCGUUUGUACUAUAUGUCCAGCAGGAAAUGAAUGUCCAUCUCAAAGUGCAGCCACAGAGAGAGCCUGUGAUCCAGGUGAAUUCAGUCCAGGUGGACUUCAAACUUGUGAAGACUGUCCAGCUGGCUAUGCAUGUCCAAAUAUAUAUGACGACUACAAAAUUUUAUGUGAGCCAGGGUAUUAUGCAGAAGCUAAAGCCAUUGUAUGUACACCAUGCCCAGCAGGGGAGGAGUGUGCAGUUAUCAUUUCACCUGGUACAGCAUGUGCAGAUGGAUACUACAGUUUAGGAGCCCAAGCCUCAUGUUCACCAUGUCCAGCAGGAUACCAGUGUAAUGAUAAGGCUAUUGCUCCAAUUAUUUGUCCUGAAGGGGAGUACAGCAGUGGAUUGGCAUUAGCAUGUACUACUUGUGAUCUUGGCUAUGCAUGUCCUGAAGGUGCCACUCAGAAAGAUCCUCCUACAGCCAAGUGCUCUCUUGGUUAUUAUUGUGCAGAUGGCAAAAUAGAAACACCCUGUGCAGCUGGUAAAUAUGGUGAUGCUCGUGGUUACACUGAUGCAUCAAACUGCAAAGAUUGUCUUCAAGGUUAUUAUUGCCCUGAAGGUACAGCUGGUCAACCGACUAACAGCCUGAUAUGUCCUAAGGGUCACUACUGUCCAACAGCAACAGGUGAUUACAAAAAGAAUCCAUGUCCAGCCGGAGAUUACUACAACAAUCUUGGAGCAGUGUUAGAAACUGAAUGUAUUCUGUGUCCAGCAGGAAGAUAUUGCUCAGGAGGUACAGAUGAUCCUUUCCUAGAUGGUUAUAUUUGUCCAAGAGGUCAUUACUGUCCACAAGGAUCUGCUGUUGCACCCAUAGCUUGUCCUGCAGGAAAAUACACUGAAGAAGAAGGUUCUACUGGUUUAGAAUUCUGUAAGGGCUGCCCAGCCGGUCAUUACUGUGAGUCAGGAACCCACACCCCAACUCCAUGUGAUCCUGGGUUUUUUAACCCUUACACAGAGAAACAAGCUGUUGGUGACUGCUCUCCCUGUACAUCUGGUAAAGCUUGUACAAAAUAUGGUCUAACUGAACCUAAUUAUCCAUGUAGUCCUGGAUAUUACUGCCCUGGAGGAAAUUAUGCAGUAAAUCAAACAGAGUAUGCUUGUCCUGCAGGAACCUUUACUAACUUCCAGAAUUUAACCGAUGUGGCUCAGUGUGACACAUGUCCUGAAACAUUUGCUUGCUUGAUUGGAACUGGAGGUAUCCAGAAACCACCAGUUUCCUGUGGAAAAGGUCACUAUUGUCCAGCAGGAACAGCUUCACAGACACAAUGGCCAUGUCCAGCUGGAUCUUACACCAACUUGACCAAUCUGAAAAUGGUAGAAGAAUGUUAUGUAUGUCCAAGGGGAUGGUACUGUUUAGAGGGCUCGGAGGCACCAACAGGUUAUUGUUUCCAAGGUCAUUGGUGUCCUGAUGGAACUCCACAAGGAGAUAGUUUCCCUUGCCAUGCUGGAUCAUACAAUAAUUUAACAGGAAUCACUGCUUGGGAACAGUGUAAGGAUUGUUGGAAGGGCAAUUACUGUCCGGAAGCUUCUGUGCUACCUACGGUCUGUCCUGCGGGGACUUAUAAUGCGGAGUUCAAAGCAGAAAAUCUGACCAUGUGUUGGUCAUGUUCAGCUGGAAGCUAUUGUCCUGGGACAGCUAACAUUGAUCCAUUACCUUGUGAAAAGGGAAAUUACUCUGAUUCAGGUGCUACUGUGUGUACUACAUGUGAAGCUGGCUAUUACUGUGAUCUGAAUACAACAAGUCUGUCAUACAUGCUUAGUGACAGAGUAUGUCCAGCCGGAGUCGAAUGUCCACCUGGAAUGUAUAAAGCACCAGAUUUAGUUUCUGAUAAAUGUAGAUUAGGUCACUACUGUCCCAGAGGUGAUGUUAAUCCCUAUCCUGUACCUUGUCCGAAUGGAACAUUUAAUGCCUUGUAUGGAUUGACACAAGUUUCAGAAUGUCAGCAGUGUACUGCUGGAAUGUACUGUAUACCAGAGGGUCUUUCUACACCAGCAGGAGAUUGUCCAGGUGGCUACUAUUGUCCGUUAGGAACUGGACCACCAGAAACAUAUCCCUGUCCAAUAGGAUUCUAUCGUAAUGGAUCAGCUAAAGAAUCUUUCCAAGACUGUGCUGAAUGUAUAUCAGGAUAUUAUUGUGAUAGAGAGGGACUGGCUUUACCAAUUGAUUGUCCCGCUGGAUAUUUCUGUGUCAGUGGUAGUACUUUCCCACAACCUUGUCCAUUAGGUACUUACAGUAACUCCACUAAGUUACGUAGGGCUACAGACUGUACACCAUGUCCUGGAGGUUAUUAUUGUGAUGGUAUAGGAAGGACAGAACCGACAGAUGUUUGUGACGCAGGAUUUUAUUGUCGAGAGAAAGCGUAUACUUCAGCGCCACCUGAUGGAUUAACUGGUGGACUUUGUCCUGCCGGAGGAUAUUGUCCACCUGGAUCUGCCACAGCUUCAUCUUGUGCAGUUGGUAAAUACAGCAAGAGUCCUGGUGCCAAAACAGAAUUUGACUGUAUUCCUUGUGAUCCAGGGUUUUUCUGUGCAGGUUCUAGUAGUACAGACGCUUCACAGCAAUGUUCGGCAGGUUAUUAUUGUACAGGAGGCUCUGGAACACCAACACAGCAUGAAACACCAGCUGGAUAUUACACCCAAGAUGGAGCCUUCAAACCAGAGCCUUGUCCACGAGGCCAAUACCAACCAUCUGUCAGAUCAAGUGAAUGUUUAAUAUGUCCACAAGGGUAUUAUUGUAAUGGAACAGCAACAAUUGAUGAAGUGAUCUGUCCAAGAGGUUCCUAUUGUCCUUUAGGAAGUGAAAAUCCAACACCCUGUAUACCAGGAACUUACUUGAAUGAUAUUGGACGAUAUGCUUUAGAACACUGUACACCAUGUACAGGUGGUUAUGCUUGUGAAAUAUAUGGUAUAGACGUACCUACCAUAUUCUGUGUAGCUGGACAUUAUUGUACCAGUGGAUCCAACACCACAAUCCCAGUUGGGGAAUCAUUUGGUGACUUAUGUCCACCUGGGUACUUCUGUCCUGAGAAUACUGACCAGUACCAACACCAUCCAUGUCCCAACGGUACCUAUAGUGGAUACACUGGACUACAGAGUGAAUAUAACUGUUCAAGUUGUGACCCUGGUAGAGUAUGUAAUGGAUUAGCGCUGACGGAACCGAAUGGAUGGUGUUCUCCUGGUUACUACUGUAAUGGUGGGGCAUCCACAGACAAACCAAAUGAUGGUGGACUUACUGGGGAUCCUUGUACAGAAGGAGCAUAUUGUCCAAAUGGAACAGGCACUCCAAUACCAUGUCCAAAUGGUCAGUUCAUGAAUCGUACAGGAUAUGAUCAAUGUUUCGAUUGUCCAGCUGGCUAUUAUUGUACCAAUGCCAUGGAACCAUUACUCUGUUCUAAGGGCUACUACUGUCCUGGUAAUACAACAGCUGACCUGUCACCAUGUCCAAGAGGAACAUACAACCCUAUAUUAGGAGCAAGAAUAGAAAGUGAUUGUAAACCAUGUGCUGGUGGUUAUUACUGUGAUAAAUUAGCUGCAGUGGACUUUGACCCCAGUUUGAAUAAUACAGGAGUUGGUUUAUGUGCUGCUGGAUUUUACUGUAAAUCUGGUGUUAAUGUGAGUAAUCCAACAGAUGGCACUACAAGUGGUCUUGGUGGUCCCUGUCCUGCAGGUUCUUACUGUUUGGCUGGUACCCAGGACCCUACAGCUUGUCCUAAUACUACCUAUAGAGAUACAGAAGGGGCAGAGAAAUUAGCUGACUGUAUACCCUGUAAGCUUGGACAAUACUGUGGUAGUGAGAACCUGACUGAUGCCACUGCACCAUGUGCUCAAGGAUUUUACUGUUACAGAGGAAAUAAUGUACCUGAUCCUACAGGAGAUGAACCUCUGAUAGGUGGACCAUGUCCAGUAAGUCAUUAUUGUCCAGAAGGUACAUCUACACCAUUAGCUUGUCCGGCAGGAACAUAUAACAACAUAACUGGUCAGUGGAAUUGUACAACAUGUCAAGCAGGUUACUUCUGUAAUGAGAACACCACCACCUAUGAAGACUUCCCAUGUCCUGUCGGACAUUAUUGUCCAGACGGUACAGAAUACCAUGACCAGUACCCAUGUCCAGCUGGAACAUUCAGAGAUUCUCAACAAGGACAAAGUGUGAGCGACUGUACCCAGUGUACUGGUGGGUCUUACUGUGGAACACAAGGAUUAUCUGCCCCUACUGCACAAUGUGAUGCUGGAUAUUUCUGUGUAAUUGGAGCUUGGUCAGCAACACCCACUGAUUAUAACAACUUUACCCAUGGAGAUUGUCUGUGUCCAAGUAAUUCUACAGGAGGAAUGUGUCAACCAGGGUAUUAUUGCCCCCAGGGAUCACUAGAACCUACACUUUGUGAGGAGGGAAAAUACUGUGCCACACCUGCACUUGGAGCAGUGACUGGUGAUUGUAGGAUUGGUUAUUACUGUGGAAGAGGAAGUGAGAGAGAAGAUCCAACAGAUGGCGUUACUGGUAACAUUUGUCCUGCUGGCAGAUACUGCACAAUUGGAUCUACAAGUAAUCCAUCCAAAUGCCCAAUAGCAACAUUUUCCAAUAAAACGGGGAAUACCCAGGUGAAUGAUUGUACAGACUGUACCCAAGGGUUCUAUUGUGAGACUGAGGGACUAACAGCACCAACUGGUCCUUGUGGAGAAGGUUAUUAUUGCCCAACUGGACAAAGCAUACAAAAUCCACCAGCAACAAUUUGUCCUGCUGGACACUACUGUCCUGAGGGUAGCCAUACAGAGAUUGACUGUCCAUCUGGUACAUACCAAGACCAGACAGGUCAAGGACUAUGUAAAGAAUGUGUAGCAGGAUACUACUGUGACAUUGCCAACACACCUGUGACAGGAUAUGUAAGUUAUAAUUGUCCUAAAGGUCAUUACUGUCCAAAUGGAACUGAAUUCAGUACCCAGUAUCCAUGUCCUGCUGGAACAUACAAUCCUACACUACAGAGAGAAUCACUUGACCAGUGUACGCAGUGUGAUACUGGCAAGUUUUGUGAUACCACAGGACUUCAAGCAGUCACAGGCGAUUGUACAGCAGGCUAUUUCUGUAUGAAUGGUUCAUCAUCAGCCACUCCAAACGAUGGGGUCACAGGUCAAAGAUGUCCUGAAGGUCAUUAUUGUACAACAGGAACUACCGACCCAACACCAUGUGGUCUAGGGACCUGGUCCAACAGUACUGGUCUCACUAUCCAAUCAGAAUGUCAGGAAUGUUUAGGAGGAUAUUAUUGUAAUGUUCAAGGAAUCACCGAACCGUCUGGUCCUUGUGACGCAGGAUACUACUGUUCUGGAAAAGCUUCAACUCCUACUCCUACUGAUGGUGGUGCCACUGGAGAUCCCUGUACCAUAGGCCACUACUGUCCAUCAGGCACUGCUGUCCCAAUAUCUUGUGCUGAUGGUUCCUACAUGACAAACACACAAGCUGCUGAAUGUUGGAAUUGUACUGCAGGACAUUAUUGUAUCACAGGACUCACACCAGAAGAUUGUCCUGCAGGGUUUUAUUGUCCUGAAAGCACAGGUCAGGUAUGGAAGCCAUGCCCAGGUGGUACGUUUAGUGCAUCAACAGGUUUAUCAGCUGUGGGAGAGUGUACACAAUGUACGGGAGGUUACUAUUGUGAUGUUACUAAUGCUACUGUUGAGACAGGAGAAUGUAAUGCUGGAUACUACUGUACAUCUGGAUCUGACAUGCAGUCACCUGAUACAGGAAAUACAGGUGUGGCUGGUCCAUGUCCUGCUGGUCAUUUCUGUCUACAGAAGACUGUGACUGCUUCUCCAUGUCCGGUUGGAACAUUUAGUAACCAGACAAAGUUAACAGCUCAAGCUCAAUGUGAGGACUGUUCCUAUGGUAAAUAUUGUGGAAGCACUGGAUUGACAGAACCGACAGGAGACUGCUGGGCUGGAUUCUAUUGCUUACUUGGAGCUCAGUCACCAAAUAAUCCAACUCUAGAUUCUACAGGUGGACCAUGUCCCAUGGGAAACUUUUGUCCAAAUGGAACAUCAUAUCCUCUGGGAUGUCCUGCAGGAACAUACAACCCACUGACUGGACAAUCUACCUGUCAACCUUGUGAUGCAGGCUACUACUGUCCAGAAAAUUCUACCUCAGUCACUGGAAAUGAUUGUCCAACAGGUCAUUACUGUCCAGAGGGCACUGCAUUCUCAACAGAGUACCCAUGUGACAAAGGCUAUUACAAUCCAUACACCACUAAACAAAGUGUGUCUGAUUGUUUACCAUGUGACGCUGGUAAAUACUGUGCAACUCCAGGACUUUCUACUCCCACCAAUGAUUGUGAUGCUGGUUGGUAUUGUACUAGAGGUGCAUGGUCAGCACAACCAACAGAGAUAGGAAACUACACAGCACCAGACUGUUUCUGUCCAGUUAACCAGACUGGUGGUCAAUGUCAGAUAGGAUACUAUUGUCCCUUGGGAUCUAAUGCUCCAAUAGACUGUACACCAGGAAGUUAUUGUGGUAUUGUUGGCCUUGCGACGGUCACUGGACCAUGUGAUGCUGGGUUCUAUUGUACACUUGGUGCAACACGUCCAGACCCACAGAAUGAUGCCACUGGUGGUGAUUGUACUGUAGGCCACUAUUGUCCACAGGGCACUGAUGUCCCUGAGGCUUGUCCACCAGGUUACUUUACAAAUGCCACAGGAAACACUGACUUUACUGGUUGUAAACUUUGUACUGAAGGCUCCUACUGUGACAGUGCAGGUCUUAGUACACCAACAGGACCCUGUGAUGGAGGUUAUUAUUGCCCAGAAGGACAGAAUGUUAGUGCACCAGCUGCUUAUGUCUGUACACCAGGACAUAACUGUCCAAUAGGAAGUCCCACACAAACUUCCUGUUCAUCAGGAACUUAUCAAGAUCAAUAUGGACAGGCAACAUGUAAGACUUGUUUGGAGGGAUACUACUGUGAUGGAACUAUACAAAAUAAUACCUUCUGUUCUCAUGGAUCCCAGAAUCCAGUUCCCUGUCAACCUGGUAACUAUUGCCCAACUGGUACCAAAUUUUCUACUGAAUUUGGCUGUCCAAAUGGUACAUUCAGUGACCAGUACUACCUUAAGGCUGCCUCAGAGUGUACUCCUUGUAGUGGAGGAAUGUACUGUGAAUCCAUGGGAUUAUCCACUCCCACCGCUGAAUGUACAGCUGGGUAUUAUUGUACACAGGGAGCAUCAGUGUCUACACCUAUUGAUGGUGUUACUGGAGACCAGUGCCAGAUGGGAGGUUAUUGUCCUCAAGGAUCAAAUGCUACAACUCUGUGUCCACCAGGAACCUACAAUCCAACUAGAGGUUUGACCGCAGAAACACAGUGUACAGAUUGUGAUGGUGGCAAGUAUUGUCCAAACAGUGGUAUGACGGCUCCUGCUGGGAACUGUACUGCUGGAUAUUACUGCUCCUCUGCAGCCUCCACAGCCACACCCACUGAUGGUACUACAGGUGAUGAAUGCCCCAUAGGAAGCUACUGUCCAGAGGGAACAGCCACACCCAAACAGUGUGAUCCAGGAACAUACACAGAUACCAAACAGAACUAUGAAUGUCUACAAUGUACACCAGGUUACUAUUGCACCCAAGGAAGCAACCCACAGCCUUGUCCAUCAGGUUAUUAUUGUCCAGAAAGUACUGGACAUGUAUGGCAAUCUUGCCCAGCAGGUACCUUCAACCCAUCCACUGUGUUAGCCAAUGAAACACAAUGUACACAGUGUACAGGCGGUUUCUACUGUGAUGUAAAAAAUCUGACUGCAGAAAGUGGUCCAUGUGAUGCAGGCUAUUUCUGUCGUAGUGGAUCUGAUGACCAACAGCCAAGUGGUUUGACUGCAGGUGAUGCUGGUCCUUGUCCAGUAGGUCACUACUGUCCACAACAGACACAAGAUCCUAUUCAGUGUCCAGCAGGAACAUUUAACAAUGAGACCAUGCUGACUGCAGAAUCAUCAUGCCAGCAAUGUUUACCAGGAUAUUAUUGCGACAUACCAGGUUUAGAGUAUCCAACAGGAAUGUGUGAGGCAGGAUUUUAUUGUUCAGGUGGAAGUAACUCUUCCAACCCUCCAGCUACUGAUGCUACAGGUGGUCCCUGUCCUGCUGGUUCCUAUUGUCCAGUAGGAUCCAGUUUACCAAUGCAAUGUGUAGCAGGAACUUAUACUAAUAUUGAACAACAAUCUAAUUGUACAACAUGUCCAACUGGGUAUUACUGUACACAAGGCAGUUCCUCACCAGUCAUCUGUCCAAAAGGUCACUAUUGUUUGGCUGCCACAGAAUUUUCCAACCAAUAUCCAUGCAACAAUGGAACAUUUAACAACAUUACAGGAGCUCAUGAUGAUAGUUUAUGUGAGCUCUGUACACCAGGGUAUUACUGUCCCACCCCUGGGCUAGCAGAACCAGCUGGACAGUGUGAUGGUGGUUACUAUUGUAUUCUAGGAUCAUGGUCAAAUCAACCUUCACCACUUGGUAAUGAUACUAUGACAGACUGUUCUUGUCCCAACCAGACGAUUGGAGAUAAAUGUAAAGCUGGAACCUUCUGUCCACCAGGGUCAGAUUCUCCAACACCAUGUACGGGUGGAUACUAUUGUGAUUUAGAUGGACUAAGUGCUGAGACUGGACAAUGUCUGGCUGGAUACUACUGUAAUGGAAGCUCCACUCUUCAAAACCCUGUCAAUGAAACUUUCGGUGAUAUUUGUCCAAAGGGACACUACUGUCCUGUAGCAAGUUCUUAUGCCAUACCAUGUGCUGAAGGAGAAUACAGCGAUGUGUUUGCUCAACACAAUAUUUCGAGUUGUCUACCUUGUACAGCAGGAAUGUACUGCCAGGGACCAGGAAGAGCCCUUCCUAAUGAUCAAUGUGAUGUUGGAUGGUUCUGUCCAGAGGGCAGCAUUGUUCCUCAACCACCAGGAAAUGAAUGUCUUGCUGGUCAUGAAUGUCCCAAAGGAAGUCCUGACCAGACACCCUGCUCUUCAGGCUACUACCAACCAUUGGCAGGUCAAGGUCAAUGUACCAUGUGUUCUGGAGGAAUGUACUGUGAUCAGAAUGAGGCUAUAAGUGAACAACAAAGUGGAGUAGGUGCACCUUCUCAUGGAGUUGUUACUCCUAAAGUGUGCCCUGCUGGUUUCUAUUGUCCAAAUGGGACCAUGACUGCAAGAGAGAAUCCAUGUCCAAUUGGAACAUACAGUAACACAACUGGUCUAGAAAGUCUAGCUGAAUGUAGGGAUUGUCCUGCUGGAUUUUACUGUGAGGCUGAGAACAUUACAACACCAACAGGAGAAUGUACCCCUGGAUAUUACUGUGUACUGAAGUCCACAACACCCUCUCCAGGAAGUGUGACUGUCACAGGUGGACCAUGUCACCAAGGAACUUAUUGUGAGGCUGGAGCCUCAGUCCCAAUACCUUGUCCUAAAGGUACCUAUGGAGACAGGAAUUUGUUACCAUCAUUAGCAGACUGCACCAUUUGUCCACCAGGUGAAUAUUGUGCAUCAUCAAGUCUAUCAGCACCAGAUGGGUUUUGUCUUGCUGGAUACUAUUGCAGUAAUGGAUCAGAGGCUUCCAAUCCUGUCGGACAGACUUACGGAGACGAGUGUCCAGCAGGUCACUAUUGUCCACAACAUAGUUACCAACCAACAGCAUGCUCAGCUGGAACGUACCAACCAAACACUAGAAUGACCAAUGAAUCAGCCUGCUUGCAAUGUGAGCCAGGAAGUUAUUGUAAUGAUACUGGAUUAUCUGCCGUGACUGGAGAUUGUACUGCUGGUUUUUACUGUGAGCUAGGGGCUAGUAACAAGGCACCAGUAGAUGGAAUAACUGGAAACAUUUGUCCAGCUGGUUCAUACUGUCCUGAAGGUUCCCAUACUCAUAUCUUCUGUCCAAAUGGAACAUACACCAAUCACACUGGAGCAUCACAAUGUUAUGAGUGCCCAGAAGGAUACUAUUGUAACUUCCGUGAUCGUGCUGAAUUGUGUCCUGCUGGAAAUUAUUGCCCGGCUGGUACGGGUAUUGACAUUCAGCCAUGUCCAGCAGGAACAUACAGUGCUACGACAGGACUAGGAAAUGUUACCGAUUGUACACAAUGUGAUGGUGGAAGAUACUGCCAAACACCAGGACUUUCUACUGUCAGUGGACAAUGUGAUCAAGGAUAUUACUGUACAUCAGGUGUUGAUAUGUCCACACCAACAGGUACACAUACUGGUAUUGGUGGCAUUUGUCCUGUUGGACAUUUCUGUGUAGCUGGAUCUACACUACCUACUAAAUGUUCACCAGGCACAUACAGUGACAGCCCAGGUCAAUUUACAUGUACACCAUGUCCAGCAGGCUACUAUUGUGUAGAGAAUUCCACAGACUUUUCACAACAAGUUUGUCCAAUGGGAUACUACUGUCCAGCUGGAACCACUGACCCAUAUGAAAACCCAUGUCCAAAAGGAACAUACAACCCAGUUAACCAGAGUGAUGGAGCAGAAGAUUGUCUGGACUGUCCACCAGGACAAUACUGCCAAACUGAUGGCCUUGCUGAACCUACUGGUAAUUGUACUGCUGGAUGGUACUGUACCAGUGGCUCUGAUAUGGCUGCACCAUCUGUCAUCAGUAAUGGUACUAACCUGUCUGACUGUACCUGUCCUGCUAUGAAUUAUACUGGAGGAAGAUGUUGGCCAGGAACCUACUGUCCAUCAGGAUCUAACUACCCAGUACCCUGUGACGGAGGAAAGUACUGUAGUCUGUACGGACUGACACAACCAGAAGGUGAUUGUGAUCCAGGUUACUACUGUAAUGGAAGUGACAUCCAACGGGAUCCUUCAGAUAAAGAAUGUCCAGUCGGCCAUUACUGUCAAUCUGGUUCCCCCACUCCCACACCUUGUCCAUCUGGAACCAGUUCUAAUGCUGUGAAGAAUACUUUAUUGAGUGAUUGUAAUGACUGUCCACCAGGAUUUUACUGUGAAGGAACAGGAAACAUUAUUUAUACAGGACCAUGUGCUGCAGGAUUCUACUGUCCAGCUGGUCAACAGACAGCAACGCCAGCAACAUAUAACUGCACCAUGGGUCAUUAUUGUCCUGGAGGUACUGGUCAACCUGUUCCUUGUAAUGCUGGAUCAUAUCAAGAUGAACAGACCAUGUCAGAUUGUAAAGGAUGUCCUGCUGGAAGAUACUGUGACCCUGUUGAAGCAGCUGCUGACCUAGGUGUGAACAGUACAGGGGUAAUAACACCAACAGACUGCCCCAAGGGAUACUAUUGCCCAGUCAACACUACCAGUCAAUAUAGCUACUCAUGCCCACCUGGAACAUUUAACAAUAUCACAAAUCUUGAAAAGGAAAACCAAUGUUUGGCCUGUACUGCAGGGUAUUAUUGUGCUAGUUAUGGAUUGACCGAGCCAACUGAUGUAUGUGAUGCUGGUUAUGUAUGUGUUAGCAGGUCUAACAGCUCAUCACCAGUAGAUGGUGUGACUGGUUUUAUAUGUCCAGUUGGUCAUUACUGUCCUGCAGGUUCAGGACAAGGCACCAAAUGUCCAUUAGGAACAUUCAGCCACACAGAGGGUCUACACAACAGCUCCUCAUGUGAGAAAUGUACCCCAGGGAAAUAUUGCAAUGUUGAAGGUUUGACUUCCCCUGCUGGAGAUUGUAAUGCUGGUCAUUAUUGUCUUGAGGGAACGAUUGACCAGAGCCCUAUCAGUCAGACUUAUGGAGAUUAUUGUACUGCUGGUCACUACUGUCCAACAGGCACAGGGGAUCCCGUCCCCUGCCCCAGAGGAACAUUCCUUGCAGACACAGGCAGAUCAGCAGUGGGUGAUUGUAUUGACUGCUCUCCAGGGAAAUAUUGUGAAACAGAAGGAUUAACAAAUGUUACAGCUGAUUGUGACCAAGGAUUUUAUUGUUCUGGAGCUGCCAACACAAGUGCUCCCACUGAUGGAAUUACAGGAGAUGUAUGUCCGUCUGGAACAUACUGUCCAGUAGGAACAGAUUAUCCUAAAGAUUGUCCAGAUGGAACCUACAUGAACCAUACACAGGCUAGUGUUUGUGACACUUGUCCUGCAAGAUAUUACUGUGUCAACAAAGUGAGAGCUGACCCAUGUCCAGUUGGUCGAUACUGCCCUGGUGGUACUGGAUUUAAUCAGCAGCUGUGUCCAUCAGGAACAUACAAUCCGACAGAAAUGUUGUUAGCCGAUUCUGAAUGUACACAAUGUGAUGGUGGAUAUUACUGUGAUAUACCUGGACUAUAUGCAGUGGCGGGUCCAUGUGCACCAGGUUACUACUGUCAAAAUGGAGUAAACACAGCUGCUCCUAAUAAUAACAAUACUGGAUUUGGAGGAGGUUGUCCUGAAGGUCAUUACUGCCCACAGAAUACAACUGAUCCCAUUGGUUGUGCUGCUGGAACUUACCAAGAUCUGACUCAUCAGUCCUCUUGUAAGACAUGUGUACAAGGAUACUAUUGUCUAGCUAAUUCAACAACCUAUCUGUCAACACCAUGCCCUACAGGUGCCUAUUGUCCAUCUGGCACAGAAUGGUCACUACAAUAUGAGUGUCCAGCAGGAACUUACAAUAACAGGACUGGAGCAGAUGACCAGUUUGAUUGUCUCCCCUGUACAGCUGGUAUGUACUGUGCUGGAGAUGCUUUGGCUGUACCAACAGGAACAUGUGCCGCUGGUUGGUACUGUUCUGGAGGAGCUUACAGUGACAAACCCACAACAUAUGUCAACUCUACUAGUGCCCUGUCAUGUCCUAUCUACUCAUUGAAUGAAACAGGAGGUGUCUGUGAUCCAGGAUAUUAUUGUCCAGCUGGAACAGACAAGCCACUGACCUGUACAUUAGGACAGUAUUGUGAGACAUCAGGAUUAGACACACCCACAGGUUUAUGUACAGCUGGAUAUUUCUGUAAUGGUACUGCUAGUAUACCUAACCCAGCACAAUGUGACAUGGGAUAUUAUUGUCCAGAGGGCACCACUGUACAGGAAGCAUGUGCUCCAGGAACAUAUUCAGAUCGCUUAGGAAAUGUGAAUAUUUCGGACUGUUUACCAUGCACAGCUGGUCAAUACUGUCAACAAUAUGGACUACCCACUCCCACAGGUGAUUGUCAUGCUGGAUAUUACUGUCCAGAGGGUCAAGAAUCUCCUCAGCCUACCACAUAUGGAUGUAGUCCAGGUCAUUUCUGUGAAAUAGGAAGCCACAACGAAACUGGCUGUCCAUCUGGAUAUUAUCAGCCACAUUGGAAACAGAGUACAUGUGAUAUUUGUCCAGCUGGAUCUUACUGUAAAGCAUUCGGUGAUUAUGAAGUGUUAGAUGCUGCCAAUGUAACAACAAGUGGAAACUACACAAACAGACAUAGGAGUUAUAGAGGUGUGUCUGUCCCCACCCCCUGUCCAGGAGGAUCAUAUUGUCCUGAGGGUACCAAGGAAGAGAAGGAGUUCUUGUGUCCAGCUGGUACCUACAGUAACAAGACCAGUCUAAACAACUACACACAGUGUACUCCUUGUGACCCUGGAUAUUACUGCAGUGGAGAAGGUAACACCCAACCAACUGAUGUCUGUGCCCCAGGCUAUUUCUGUACCUUGUCAGCAGAGUUGGCCACGCCCACUGAUGGUACUACAGGUAAUAUCUGUCCUGCAGGCCGGUACUGCGAGGCAGGUAGUAUCACAGGUGUGGGAUGUCCAAGGGGAACGUUCAGUAACACACAAGGACUGACAAACAGCACUACAUGUACUGACUGUACACCAGCCUAUUAUUGUGGAACAACAGGACUUACAGCAGAAAGUGGACUUUGCUCAGCAGGACAUUACUGCACAUUAGGAUCAGAGGAAAUAGCACCAGUGAAUAAGACCUUUGGAGAUUAUUGUCCAGCUGGAAACUACUGUCCAGAGGGAACAUCCACUCCUGUUCCCUGUCCUUCUGGUACCUUCCUCAACGAGACUGGUAUGGGGAUGGAAGAUGACUGUAUCCAUUGCAGUCCUGGGUAUUAUUGUGAGACAACUGGGAAGACUGUUGUUACAAAUAUGUGUGAUGCUGGAUAUUAUUGUACACUCAGAGCCAACAUCUCAGCACCAACUGAUGGUACAACUGGAGAUAUAUGUCCAGAAGGUUACUACUGUGAAGUAGGUUCCUCCAUGCCAACCCCAUGUGGUAACGGAACAUACAUGAACCAUACAGGAGCGUCAGCAUGUUAUACCUGCCCUGCUGGGUAUUAUUGUGUGAAUCGUGAUAGGGCUGAUAUCUGUACCCAGGGCUAUUAUUGUCCUACAGGAACAGGAGCGGACCUACAACCCUGUCCUACUGGAUCUUUUGGUAACACGACUGGAUUGAUACAGGAGAGUGAAUGUACACCUUGUACAGGUGGUAAUUUCUGUGGAACCCCUGGCUCACCAAAUGUGGAUGGUGAAUGUUUGGCCGGACACUAUUGUACAUCAGGUGUGGAUACAUCGACACCCACUGAUAGUUCACCCAACAAAGGAACAGGAGCGGAGUGUCCAACAGGCCAUUACUGUCCCAAAGGAUCUGCCAUACCACUGCCAUGUACUGCUGGAACAUAUGCACUUACUACUAGUAAAGCUUCAUGUGACCAAUGUCCAAGUGGUUAUUAUUGUGUAGAAAAUACAACAGAUGCCUACAGCUACCCUUGCCCUGUUGGUUACUAUUGUCCAGCAGGGACCCAGUACAGUACUGAGUACCCAUGUCUGGCAGGAACAUACAACCCAUUGACUACCCAACAGUCUGUAUCCUCAUGUCUGCUGUGUACACCAGGAAUGUAUUGUGAGAAUCAGGGUAACAGUCAACCAACUGCUAAUUGUAGUGCAGGAUGGUUCUGUACAGGUGGCGCUUCACAAGCUCAACCCAUUGUUCUUGGUAAUUAUACACAUAUAGAUGUUUGUACCUGUCCAGCCUUUAAUUACACUGGAGGCAAAUGUCAACCAGGAAGCUUCUGCCCAGAAGGAUCAGCUGCACCCAUUGAUUGUACAUCAGGAUGGUAUUGUGAUGAUUAUGAACUUUCUACACCUAAAGGUUUAUGUGAUGCUGGCUACUAUUGUCCACCUGGUCAGACUGAGGCCAAUCCUUCAGCUUUCGAGUGUCCGGCAGGUUAUUACUGUCCAGAAGGAUCAGCAACAUUUACGGCCUGUCCAAUCGGAACUUUCUCCAACUCUACAGGAAAUACAAAUGUAACAGAUUGUAAACCAUGUACACCAGGUUACUACUGUGAUGCCCUGAGUAUGACAAAAGAACAAGGAGAAUGUAGUGGUGGCUACUACUGUCCAGAGGGACAAACUACAGCCAGUCCAACAUCAUAUGAAUGUCCAGCUGGAUCAUAUUGUCCUCAAGGAAGUCCGCAACCGAUUAUUUGUGGGAGAGGAUUCUACAACUGGGCUACAACACGACCUACUUGUUUAACAUGUGACGUAAGGUUCUACUGUGAUCCAUGGGAGACAGGAAAUAUCACUGGCAUCACCAGCCUUACACAGUUAUGUCCGGUUGGACAUUAUUGUCCUGCAGGAACAGAAUAUGCCAAUCAGAAUCCUUGUCCUUCAGGAAGAUAUGGAGAUAUCCAGAUGUUGGCUUCUGCUAGUGAAUGCCGAUCUUGUGACGCAGGUAAAUAUUGUGAAGACCCAGGACUAUCUGCUGUACAAGGUGAUUGUGAUCCUGGAUACCUGUGUUACAAUGGAGCCAAUACUUCACAACCUACAGAUGGAGUCACUGGUGAACCUUGCCUCAAGGGCAUGUAUUGUGAUGGCGGAUUAUCUGUUGGAAAUUCCUGUCCACUUGGAACAUUCAACAAUGGAACUGGUUUACGGUAUGCAAAUGAAUGUAUCCCUUGCACCCCUGGUUAUUAUUGCCCAUCCGCUGGACUGGUGGAACCUAUUGGAGAAUGUAAUGCUGGUCAUUACUGUGAGCUUGCAUCUACUGAGGCCAGUCCAGUGGCACAGUCCUAUGGUUACAGAUGCCCUGUUGGGCACUAUUGUCCACAAGGAACACCAACUCCUAUUGAAUGUCCAAAAGGAACAUACCAACCAUCUGAAGGAACAUCUUCUUUAGCCCAAUGUUUGUCCUGUACACCAGGCUUCUAUUGUGAGCAGGCAGGAAACGACACUGUAACAGGAGAAUGUAUGGAGGGAUAUUACUGUAUAGGUGGAGCCAGUGUUCCAAAUCCAACAAACAGUACAACAGGAGACAUAUGUCCAAUUGGUAAUUUCUGUCCCAAUGGAUCAAGCUCCCCUACAGCUUGUCCAGAUUCUACAUACAUGGAGAAUGAAGGAGCCGCAGCUUGUCUGAGCUGUCCACAGGGUUACUAUUGUACAGCAGGAUCACAUGCUGACCCUUGUCCACAAGGAAACUACUGCCCACCAGGAACUGGAUCGGGAUACCUUCCAUGUCCUAUAGGAACAUUUGGAGCAAGUGACAGACUUACCAAUGAAACAGAGUGUACACAAUGUUCUGGCGGCCAUUACUGUGAUGUUCCAGGAUUAUCUCAGCCGGCUGAUGUCUGUCAUGCAGGAUAUUAUUGUGUAUCAGGUGUCAACAUUGCCACACCAAAUUCCAUGGUGGCAUACCUGGGCACAGGUGACAUAUGUCCAGCAGGUUAUGAAUGUCCUUCCAACUCCACUUACCCAGCAGCUUGCUCACCUGGAAAGUAUGCUCCCACAGACGGAGAAGACCAAUGUCUGGAUUGUCCAGCAGGAAAAUAUUGUGUGAAUGCAACAAUAACACCUAUAGAUUGUCCAACUGGUCACUACUGCCCAAUAGGAACAGAAUUUGAUAUGCAGUACCCGUGCCCAGCUGGAACAUACUACAACAAUACAGGUGGUGAAUCUAUGACUGACUGUAUGGACUGUCCCCCAGGAGAAUAUUGUGAAGGCUUAGGAAAUACACUCACAGAUGGCCUUUGUGACCCAGGAUUUUACUGUGGUGGUAAAUCAUACCAAAUACGACCAUUUGAUACGGGAAAUCUUGUCAGUGUCAACGGAACUAAUAGUAGUCUUUAUGGAAAUGACACAUGUGCUCCUCUUUGGGACUGUGUGUGUCCAUCAUAUGCCUUGACAUCAGGAGGAAUCUGUCCCAUGGGAUAUUACUGUCCCCAGGGAUCAUUUAAACCAGUGUCAUGUGAUGGAGGAAAAUAUUGUGAAACACCAGGAUUACAAACUCCCACAGGUGAUUGUACUGCUGGGUGGUACUGUAAUGGAACCAGUGCAACAUCAAUCCAGUAUAUAUGUCCUACUGGACACUAUUGUCCCACAGGAACAGCUAUACCUGUUCCCUGUCCUGCUGGUACCUUUGCUGCUUUCGAGAACAAUGCUGCUGAGUCUGACUGCUUGAACUGUACUGCUGGCCAUUACUGUCAAGGAUUAGGAAAUGAUGCCCCAACUGGACAAUGCACAGCUGGUUACUACUGUCCAGGAGGUCAAGAUACUACCACACCAUCUGACCUACUAUGCUGGAAAGGUCAUUAUUGUCUCCAAGGCUCAGUCUCCUCAACCAUAUGUCCUAAUGGAACCUACCAAUUCAACGAUGGAAAAGACUACUGUGACAUAUGUCCUGCUGGGUACUAUUGUGAUGCAAUAUCAGGAAAUGUGUCCUAUGUAAACGGUGUGCCUAUUGUGAACCCAACUCCAUGUCCAGCUGGAUACUGGUGCCCUGAAGGUACUAUCUCUGGACAGAGCAACCCAUGUCCAGUAGGAACAUUUGGACCAGAUCUUUACUAUCCAUCCAUGGACAACUGUACCCUAUGUACAGCUGGAUAUUAUUGUGAUGUGGCAGGAUUAUCAACCCCUGCUGGAGAGUGUUAUGGAGGAUAUUAUUGUACAGGUGGCGCUGAAUUACCAACACCUGUUAAUCACCUUGUGGAUCAUUCCAACAACAGUACAUACAGUGGGAAUGAUUUCUGUCCAAUGGGAUAUUACUGUACCAAUGGAACAGCCUACCCAACACCUUGUCCAAUCGGAACAUUCUCAAUCAAUCUACAAGUCUCACAAGAAAGUGACUGUCAACCAUGUCCAAGAGGCAAAUACUGUAAUGUGGAUGCUUACACCAAAAACCCAUCUCCUCCAAAUUGUACAGAGGGAUAUGUAUGUACUGGAGGAGCCACACAGGCUGUUCCCAUCAUGCCUGCAGAAGGUUACAUCUGUCCCACUGGACAUUACUGUAUAGAAGGAUCAUUGUUUGAGUUAGGAUGUGACAUAGGAUACUACCAAGACAGCCAGGGACAAGCUAGCUGUAAAAUCUGUCCAGCAGGAAAAAUGUGUCCAGAAUCUAACAUGACCAAUCCAGUGGACUGCCAGUCUGGAUAUUAUUGUCCAACUGGUGAUGUUAUUCCUUGUCCAAAUGGUACAUACAACAACCUUACCGGAAUGAGUAUGGAAUCUCAUUGUGUUGAUUGUUCUGUAGGCAAAUAUUGUGAAGGAUUAGGCAACAGCUAUCCUACAGGUGGCUGUGAUGCAGGCUAUUUCUGUGAAGGUGGUGCGGCCAGUGCUGCCCCCUCACCUACAGGAACAUAUCCAAACAAUGGCCUCUGUCCACCUGGACACUAUUGUCCGGCUGGAACAACAAUUCAGGUCAAAUGUCCUGCCGGAACAUUCAGGAACUCUACAGGUGCAGGGGCAGUAGAAGAUUGUCUCCCCUGUCCUGGAGGAUAUUAUUGUGACCAAGAAGCACAGACGGGACCUACUGGACUUUGUGAUGCUGGAUACUACUGUCCUGCUAAUGACACCACCAUCUCACCAACACCCAGUGGAUUGAUGUGUCCAGUAGGAUAUUAUUGUCCUCAAGGAUCAGCUGAGGCUAUCCCUUGUCCACCAGGGGAAUAUCAGAGCAAUGUCGGACAGUCAUCAUGUAUCCCUUGUCCAGCAGGAUCUUACUGUACUGUUAACCCAGUGACAUCAGUACCAUCACUGAUUGACUGUCCAGCUUAUCACUACUGUCCUUCAGGAACCAUCAAUCCAAUUAUGUGUUCCAAUGGUACAUUUACUUAUGCCAACAUGUCAAGACUAGAACAAGCAAAUGAAUGUCUGUCAUGUCUACCUGGAAAGUAUUGUAGGUCGGGUGAGAUAGCAGAUGAUUGCCAGGCAGGCUACUAUUGUAAAUCUGGUGCACGGGAUGAUAUACCAACAGUAACAACUAACUUUACAACUUGUGUAGCCAAUGAUGAGUGUGCUGGGCAAUGUCCUGUUGGUCAUUAUUGUCCACAGGGAACAGAACUUCCAAUAGACUGUCCAGAACAUACAUACAGGGCUACAGUUGGAGCAACACAGGAAAUAGAUUGUGACCCUUGUCCUGCUGGAUUGUAUUGUGCUUUAGGUGUAGAGAAUGGUAUUGCUUGCCCUGCUGGUUACUAUUGUUUGGAGGGUAACGGUACAACCGAUUGUCCCAUCCUGACAUACCGUGACACUCCAGGAGCAGCCUUGUUAGAUGAUUGUCAUGGUUGUACUGCAGGAUACUACUGUGAAUACAAAGCCAUUGUUGAUCCUACUCUUUAUCCAUGUCCAAUUGGUCACUACUGUUUGGAAAGAAGUGAACCAGCAUUAUGUCCAGCUGGAACCAUGAGGAACGAGACAGGAGCAGCUAAACCAGAAGAUUGUCCAGACUGUCGACCUGGAUACUACUGUCCAAAUGAUACUAUCAACACAUAUGGUAUCCCAUGUAGAGAAACAUUUGAAUGCCCUGAAGGAGCCUCAAUUGAAAUAGAUUGUACACCAGGUUUUUUCUGUAAUGGAACAACUGGUUCACCUCCAAUAUGUUGGGCAGGAUAUUAUUGCCCGAAUGCUACAGAUACGCCCAUUCCUUGUGAAUAUCCUGACUAUUGUCCUGAAGGCAGUAAUAUGACUUUAAAAUGUGACCUUGGUUAUAGAGCAUUAGAUCAUGCUGGUAUUCGAUAUAAUGUUAAUGUCUCGUGUGAUAUAUGUCCUCCAGGUACCUAUGGUAACCAUACAAAUCGUACAGUGUGUGAAACUUGCCCAGCUGGGUACUAUUGCCCUGAAGGAACAGGCCAUGGAGAUUCAAAUCCUUGCCCAAUUGGAUAUUAUUGCCCAGUAGGUUCUGAUCACGCCACACCAUGCCCUGCCGGUAUGUUUGGCCAAAAAGUACGAGCUGAAGGUUUUGGAGAAUGUUAUCCAUGUCCAACAAAUACUUUCAAUGACUUGGAAGGUGCGACAAAGUGUCGACCGUGUGGUAGUUCAUCAUACUCUAAUGGAAAUGCAUCAGUCUGCACAUGUCUUGGUCAGUAUAGAAGUUUCCAGGAAUCAAAUGGCGCCUGUAUUUGUUUGUCAGGAUAUAUUUAUUACGACGAGGUUGAUACACAAAAGAGUGUGGAUAAUAGCGACAUGGAUUGUCAACAAAUCGUUGAUGUGAGAUGUUCAGAAUAUGAAGUCAGAUUGGCAUCAAGUAGAACCUGUGUCUUAUCAGAGACUGUUAAUUGUGACCCAGCCUGUCCAGAUUCUUCAGGAUAUCUGGACACUGAAUUAGGAGUAUGUAUGUGUUCUACUUAUACUGACCCAGAUACCAUCUGUGAUUCCACAUGUCUAGCAACCACAUCACCUACUGUGACAUCAUCUCUUCAGGCAGAUGGAACUGUUGCAGUGACAACCACUGAUCCAGUCUCUGGAAAUGUUACUGUUAAUACAAUACCAAAUGUAUAUGGACCUAUUGAAGCUACUGUUGGAGAGUUAGAUGUAGUUGUUGUUAGCUUCUGGGGAGACAGAAUUACUGGAAGUUUAUACAGAGAUGAAGAUGAGGCACAAGAUAUCUUUUUGUCCAUUGAGGAGAUGAUACAAAAUGGAAUCACAAACAGUCAAGGAGGAUUUGGCAGACGUCGUCUCUUAGCAGCCACAACUGUCCCAGACAAUCAGAUCUCUAAUGUAGUAUUGUGUCUAGAACUGAAUGAUAUGAUCUUUUUCAAGAUUAGGAUUAAUACAACAGAUAGAACCCAGAGUAAUUACCCUGUAUAUGACAAAGACCAUCUUUUCAGUACCAAUCCAUCAUUUGAUUUUGGACCAUUUACAGAUCUGGGAUCACAGAUUGAGAAUACUAAUGCCAAUAUCUCCACCUUUGCAUUUGUCUUCUCAGAAUCAGGAAACUUUGUGUUCUACGAUAAUGCUGACAGUAGCUUGGUAGUAUAUGUCAGCGUUCAGCCAUCUGGUACUGUCUGUCCACCUGGGUCAUCUACAGUACAACCAGCAACCUCAGCUAAUCUUAACAAUCUAGGAUUCUACAAGUCAGAUCCAUCUAACGUAGAACCAGACUGGGGACUUAUUAUAGGAAUGAUUGCAUUCUUUGGGGCCUUGGUAUUACUGUUAGUAGUAGCAGUAAUUGUUUGGAGACCAAGAAAUGCUGGUAUCUAUCCAAUGAAACACUGGAAACCACAAUAUCGCAGUCUGGGAGCACCACCACCUGUACCCAAAUAUCUCCGAUAUGAUGAUCAACACUGGCCUGAACAUUCAGAAGGACUGUAUGGAGAUCUAGGAGUAAGAGAUAAAGGUGACGGAGCUGAAUCUGAUGUACUGGCAUCAAUGGCUGUCAAGGGUGAAGAUGACUUGGAAAAUUUCAAUGUCCGUGUAUUCUACGAUAAACUUGAAGACCAGAACUUACAUAUGGCAUCACAACUGGCUCGUCAACAAGAAGAUCUAAGCCAGUUCUAUAAGAAGAUCUGUGAACAGAACGAUGAACUGAAGAAACUUCUGCAGAGCUUAGACCCCGCCAAACUGGACGAGCUUCAGAAGAGAAUGGAGGAUAGAGAGAGACAGAGAGACGGAUUACAGGGUGCCUCUGGACCAACAUCUGUCAAUGCCAACCUAAAUAUGGGAGCUGCUGGAAAAUUGAAAUUUGCUGGAGGCAGUAAUAGAGAGGGAGAAUUGAUGUCUGCCUUACAACUCCUACUAGAAAGACUAAACACUGGAAAUAUUCCUGUCAAUCAAUCUGUAAUAGACCAACUUCAGAAAGGUGGAGAUAUCAAACAUCCUGAUACCUAUACAACUAAUAUAACUAACCUACCAGCUGGUACUGGGGGGAAACAGGGUGAUCUUUUGAGAAAACAGAAUAAUGAGAAGAUGCAAUUAGAGAAGGAACUAGACAGAGAAGAACGUGAAGCAAUGGAAAGAUUUAUACAGACUGAAGAGGGAAAGAAACUUGAAAAAAUGGGACCAAUGACAACUGAACUUGCUGGCAAGCUUCAGGGUGAUCUUAAUGACGCUAAAGUCAAAGACAUCAUGUCAAAUUAUGAGAAGAAUUUCGAGUCCAACAUGUCUAAAUUUGAAUCUGAAAAAGAUCGUCAAGGUGCUGAGCUGAGACGUAAACUUGCUGAGAAGAGGAAGAGAAGAGAAGCUCAACUCAGAGAGAAGCAUAAUAGAGAGGCUGAAGACAAUGGACUUCCGCCAUUACCUGAAGGAGAAGGAGACAACCAUGCUGAUGUUAAGAUCAGAAUGACUCAAUCCACAUUCGACACUCUGCAGGCAGAGAAUACCGCUGGAACGGCUAAAGGAGAAAUGGACAUGGAGCACAAUCUCUCCGAUGAAGAAAGGAAACAAAUGUCAGAAAAACUCAAAGAUCAUCUGGAUCGACUUCAACAACAAGGAAUUAUCACAGACAAGCAGAAGACAGAAGUGUUACAGAAACACAUGGAACAUGAGAUGAAUCUAGACAAAUUACAUAAACAAAGACGUGAACAACAGUUGGCUCACAUGAGAGAAAAGAUGGCAGAAAGAAAGAAGAAAAAACUAAGAAAACUGCAAAACCAACAUGAUGCUGAGAUGAGUGAGCUGUCAUCCAAGAUGAUUGAGAGUGGAAACACAGAUGAUUUAGAAAAAGAACUUGAAUACUUAAAGAAACUACACCAACAGGAGAUGGAAGCUGCUGAGGCAGACAUGAAUGCAGAAGAAAAUGAACAUCUCAAAACAAUCAGUAAAUCUAUUGAUGAUGAACACACUGGUGCUCUUAAACAGAAACACAGGGAUGUUCUCAAAAAUCUUGUUGAUAACUGCCCUGAAGUACAAAAGGUCACUAUGCAGAGACUGAUGGACGAUUAUAGAAAAGAUAUGGAGGUACUCAACCAAGACCUCAGCCUUGAAAGGAACAGACAACUUAGUGAAACAGACGCUAAACUUGCAGCAAGAAGAGCAAGAAGAUUACAGGAAAAUCAGAGAAGAACAGAUGAAAAUGAGGCUCAGAGAUUAAUGGCUGAACAAAAUAAACAACUGAGAUCAGGUGGUGUGACCUCCUCAGAUGUGCCACCAGAUUCUGACCUUUCACAUGUGCCAGAGGUCAAAUAUGUAGAGUCUGCUGAAGGCAAAGCUUUGAAAAACCAGCAUGAACGUACCCGAGAGGAAUUACGCAAACAACACAAACAUAAUAGAGAUCAGAUGGCAGAGAAGUUGGACAAUGAGGCUCAAAAACAAGAACAAGAAUUACGUAGAGAACAUGAGUCAGAGAAAGAAAAACAGCUGAGAGAAAAAAGAAAUAGACAAGCUGCUGAAAUGGCUUCUAGAAAAGACCUGUCUGAUGACCAAUUGAAAGCACUAAUGGCCAGUCAUGAACAGGAGCUGGAUGACUUAGCUGAACGUCUUGAAUCAGAUAGAGACCGUCAAUACCUUAACCUGAGAGAUAAACUAGCCAAGAAGAGGAAACAAAAGAUGGAAGAACUCAGACGUAAACAAGAUGUUGAUCUUACCAAGGAAAUGAUAGAACAGAAGAAAGAAAUGGAUGGAAUCAGAAUGAAACAGGCAAAGGGUGCAGAAAAACAAGCUAUAGCUGAAGGCAUUAAACAGAAUGGUGAAGAGGAUAGUGACAAGGUCAUCAAAGCUGUCCUAGCUAACAGACAAGCUCAAGAGUUGAGUGAUUUGGACAAAGAGUUUGCUGCCAAGAAAAAGAUCAUGGUUGAUGAUGCUCUAAGUAAACUUCACGAUAAAUAUGAUAAACUAAGAGAUCAGACGCUGAAGAGGCACCAGGAGGAAUUAGCUGCAUUAAAUAAAAAAGGUCUUAGUCCAGAAGAACUACAACACCAGAGGAACCAGUUGUUGAACCAGCAUCAAUUAGAGUUAUCCUCCCUUGAUAAGAAAUUGUCUUCUGAAGAACAAGAUAUAGAGAAAGGAGCCUUGGCAGAUUGGGAAGUGGAAUAUGCCAAAGCUAAACUGAACCUCAAGGAAAAACAUUAUAGGGAGUUUGCUGCUGCUCUGAAGGAAUUCUCACCAGGACAUGAUGGAGUAAAGGAGGCUGAGAAUAAUGCUGAAGAACUGGCUUCAUUAAAACAUGAUCUGGAGAAGAAACGCAAAGAAGAAGAAGCCAAACUAAAGAAAGAACAAGAUGAUUUUGAGAAGAAUGAAAAGAAGAGACUAGAUGAAGAAUUGAAGGCCUAUGAGAAGCAACUUGAACAAGAAACACAGAAAGAAAAAGAAAAACAUGAUAAAAAUGUUGACUCGUUGAACAAACGUAAAGAAGAUCUCAUAAAGGAAAGAAAACUGAAGAUGAAGGAAGAACUAGACAAAUUGAAGCAGUCAGGAGCCAGUGAAGAUGAUCAAAAGAGACUGAUUGAGCAGUAUGAAAAAGAUCUACAAAGCAUACUUAAUAAAAUGGAGGCUGACAAGAUCAGAAUGCAGAGCAAUCUACAGGAGAGAUUGAAGAAGAAAAGAGAGGAGAGAAUGAGGUCAAAGAAAGUAGAAAUGAAGGAGAAUAGUGAAGAUCAGAAACAUGAGAUGGACAUGAGACAGAAGGCAGAAUCUAACAGACUGAAAAAUGAAGAGGCAAUUGCAUUGCAACAGAAGAUAAACAGUGGUUAUGUACCUAUGCCUACACGACCUUCACCUCAAGGUCAAGCAGCAGACGACACUACCAAAACUACUGGCCCUUCAUCAUCAGGACAACCAGACCUUCCCCAGUCCUACUCAAUGGCAGCUCCAUUGAAUGAGGCUGAGCUGAUGGCAUUGCUGAUGGCUUCACCAAUGUACCAGAAAUUGGAAGACAUCAAAAAAUCAAUGGCAAAUGGAGCUCACACACAACCAUCUGGUAAACAUCCAAUGGAACCAGGUAAAGGUUUCCAGGAAGAUAAGGAUGCAGAAUGGGGUAGCGAUGAUGUGCUGCAGCCGGUCGAUUUGAAUCAACUUAAUGCUCGAACAUUUGUAGUGUAUAAAUUUGGUUCUUUCGUAGCCGAUCUUGUUGCUUCAAGAUGUCGACAUGCACCAGUUACUAUCUUACUUGCCAAUAAAAUUCCACCAAGUAGUGAACUGGCUAGAAACCAGUAUAGGAACUCCUUCCAUUUUGAUGCCAACAACAGGAUCCUGUACAUCAGGACAGCUAGACUGGAUACUGUUGGUGAUUUCAUAGUUGUGCUGGUCCACACUAUGGCUCACAUUAAAGCAGGUGAUUUGAGGGAUGAUAGCAAUCCAGAUUUCUUAAGAGAGUAUCACAGAGCGCUGGCCGUUGUCUGUGAUGACUUGUUCUUUGCCCGAUAUCGUCAAUCAUCUGGAAUCUCUAAGACUCUCGCCAAAAAGAAUCCAGGAGUAAGUGUAGAGCAUGCAGCUCUCCAAUUGUUGCAGGCAAUGUUUGGAGACUGUCGCACAGAAGAUGAGAAAAUGAAAGUAGUGGAAGACUUGUUGGAUGUUAAAUUACUUCCUGGUACAGAUACAGAAGGAGUCCACUUCAACAAGGAAAGAAUGCAACAGAGAUUAGCCAAAUUCUCAAGUUUCUCAGCAUCCAGUAAGCUUGUAUCCAUGUUGGGUGAAGAAGAAGACAAAUUAAAACAGUCUAAGUCUCAAGGAGUUGCACCGUCAGUAGACGCCAGUCUUGGAGAACUCAGUCACAAAUACUCUACUACAGAUACUGCUUCAUCAGUACCACAGCCACCUAUGAAUUUUGUAACAGCUAAUAUGACAGGACAUGCCUUGUGGCAGACAUUUGUCAACAGACAAGACCCUGACCAGGAACCAGAAACACCAGUACAACCAAUAGAUACUCAGGAAUCAUUACAAGAUGCCUAUGACAAUCUGUGUGAAGAUUUCACCACAAUAAACAAAGAACUUGUAGAACUGCAGGAUAGUUCCAAAGCACUAGAAGAACUGUCAGCUGGCUCUGAUGGAAAGUCAGGCAAACAAUCUAGUGAUUCCACUGAAAAGAUGGCUACUUACAAAGAAAGAAUAUCCAAACUUGAAAUCCAAAAGAAACAAACCGCUGAAAAAAUUGAUGAAUGUUUGAAGAAAAUGGAACAGAAAACUGUAUCGACUAUAGAACCAGAAAGAUAUGAAGAUAAAAUACCAAAAUCUGGGAAGAAGUCCAAGAAAUAAACUCUUCAUCAUGUGAAUUGACAUCGAACUAUGCAUUAUGUUUGUGAUACAAAUACAAGUUUUGUUAUAAUGUAUAUCCAUGGAACAGAGAUGUGAUUUUUUUUAAAGAUUUCACUUCUUUAACAUUUCACUGUUUUGUAAUUUAAAAAUCAAGAUCAUGACAUUGAAUGAUUCAGAAUAUAACGAUUAAAAUUGAUGAUUAAUCAGCAGUGAGACAUGACGUUAAUUUACAUAUUUUUUAUCAAUUUAUCAUGGAUUUAACAAUUUCUCAGCCUUUAUAAAUUUAUUAUAUAAUAUGCUUGUAGUUUUAUCAUCUGGAAAGCUCUAAUUAACAAUUAUCGUGACGACAUUAUUUAUAAUGAGAAGAAAAUGACAUUUUUAAAAAAUAUUUAUUUAGAGUUAUUUAUCGUAAUUUAGUAGAUACUAAUAAGCAAAGCUGUGAUAAAAUUGUAGUUAAUUCCAUCCAUUUUUUUAAUAUUUAUAUCUGUUGUCUUGCAUGAUAUAAGAGUAAUCUUGAUUUCCGUCCAGAAUUCUGACAAUCAUAAAAAAGAGUGCCUUAUCUUUCAAAUAUUUUUUUGUCAGCAUUCCAAUGUAAUGCAGUCGUAUUAAGGUAUAUUUUGUUAAGUUAAUUAGUCAAGAUUAGUUAUAUAUUCUUAAACAAUUUAAAAGUUACUUUACAUAUCUUUUAAUUAUGCAAGUUAUCACUGAAUAAAGAUGUGGCUUUUGUUGUCAUAUGAAAUCAUUUGCAUAAUUUUGAAUUGUUAUAAGAAAAAAAUUUCACAUAGGCUAUAGACAAGAUUCCUUGGUUUUUAAGUAAGUUGUAUGUAAGCUUUCAAUUAAAUUAAAUUAUUAUUGUUUGUCUCUUUUUGAUGAGAAAUUAUAGAUAGGGCAUGUUCAAUUUUCAGAUAAAAAUGCUAACAAAGCAUGAAUUUGAAAAUUAUAAAUUUUUUAGCAUUUUACUGAUCAUAUUUUUUACAUUACUAUCUGAGAUUACUCUUUAUUAUGCUGUAUAUUUUGAAAUGUACAUUCCAUUACUUUAUUGACCUUUGAACCGUCCAAAUUUACAUUUUUAUAUUGUACAUUAUUCAUAUUAUAUUGCAUUCAGAUUUGAUUAAUUUAUCAAUGCCAUCUAAUUUUCUUAUUUGAAUGUCUUGUAUUUGUAUAUAAUCUUAUUUCCGUGGCAAUAUUUUAUUUCUGUUUCUUAAUUGUUAUUUAUAAGCAUAAAAAUGUGCAAUACUUGUCUCUUUUCAUAUGCACAAUGUUUACAUUUUCACAGAUUAGAAAUGGCAAAAAUUAAUCAAAAUUUUGGUAUCACCGACUUAGGUCUUCCUGAAAUAUUUCUAAAUUAGUUUUUUAAUUAGAUUAUAUUAUGUCUAGGUUAAAUGAUAUCAAUAUAGUGUAAAUUUCAUAUAACUGAAUUAAUUUUUUUUCUUUUAAAUUUUGAGACCACUAUUACCUCUAUACCCUCAUGAAUUUUAAAUAAUUGCAAUAUGAUUGGUUUAGCGAUUAAUCAAAGUCUAUUCUGAUUGGUUUAGAGAUUAAUCAAAGUCUUUCCUAUUUGUCACUUUUAUAGUGUCUCUGUACAUGCAUGUUACCAUUUAAUUUGUUGAUAAAUAAAUAUCUUUACCCAUA